UUGUAAACUAGUCACCCGUCCGUUCGUGUCGAAAUAUGAUUUUGUUUUUCCAACUUAUCAGUGCGACAACUUGCAAAUACCGACGAGCUGUGUGGCUGAUUGCUGUUCUGGACCGUGGUUUCCACAUUUGCAGACGCUAACUACAAAAGGGUAAGAGAAGAUGAAGACUAUAUAAGUACUUCACGGCGGCCCUUCGAACCCACCCUUCACUUCCAAAUUCCCCAAAACAAUCACCUCACUCACCUCACUCACCUCACUCACCUCACUCACCUCACUCACCUCACUCACCUCACUCACCUCACUCACCUCACUCACCUCACUCACCUCACUCACCUCACUCACCUCACUCACCUCACUCACAACCUAUCAUCAUGAGUGAUAAUACUCCCGAAUCCUCGCCAUACCACCAAUCAGACGCGUUCGUCACUAUUCCUGACGUUCUGAUCUCCCACGCAACUCUGAUCUAUAUCGGACUUAGCUCAGAGAAGGCCGAUGAGAUCUGGGGCAAAUGGACGAACUGGCCCCGAGACUCCGAUGCCGACCCUAUUCGCGAAACCGAUCCUGACAACGGUACUAUUUCCACAAAGCCCAACUCUGAGUAUUUCAAGCUUGGCUCCUGGGAAGAAGUGGACGAAUCACACGUGCUCCAUGUAGGCAUUGAUGGAAGAAGAAGAAAAGCCGUUCAAUACGUCUUCAACGGGGACGAAGAGGGCAUUGAAUGGCUGGAGGAGAAUGGGGCUCAGAAGAUCGAGGCUUUUCCAUACACCCGUGAUUGA